ACGUGGGUGGGUUGGCCGACGUCAGUUCACCUGCCUAUCUGCCAAUAACAAGGGAUCCAGAGAGAAACUUAGAACACCAGUAAAUGUAAAAAGAUCCUUGUGUUACACUUACCAGUAAGAGGAUUCGCACCGCCCAUUUUUUCAACUUAGCCUAUCGGCACAGUGGAUAGCAACACAAACCGGCUUGCCAGGGCGCAUGAGGACGGACGAAUUUCAAAGCGGAGGGGCCAAAAUAAUACUGAAAGCACUGAAAGCAACUUCCAUGAGUGUCUGAAUAAGCUAACGUCGUUGGAUGGACGGGCGUUGAGUGAAUCAGGAACUUAUACCGUAGGAGACAAUGUACCACUUCUUGUAUUUGGGACUUCUGCGACUGCUCUAUGCGUGGCUUAUACUUGGAUCAAGCUUGGGGGCCUUGUCCUCCGUGGUCGCCCUGGGAGCCAACGUCAUCUGCAGUAAGAUCCCGGGCCUGAGCCCCCGCCAGCGCUCCAUUUGCCAGAACCGGCCCGAUGCUAUCGUGGCCAUCGCCGAGGGAGCCCACAUGGGACUCUGCGAGUGCCGCCACCAGUUCAGGUACCGGCGGUGGAACUGCACCUCGGACGGCAGCGGGGAGACGUUGUUCGGCCAGCCCAUGCCGUCAGGCUACCGCGAGGCCUCCUUCAAGCACGCCAUCAAUGCGGCCGGCACCACGCACGCCAUCACCCAGGCCUGUAGCCGCGGCAACCUGACCAACUGCAGCUGCGACCGGAGUAAGGAGACGGGGCUUACGGAGGAAGGCUGGCGGUGGGGCGGCUGCAGCGCCGACAUCGAGUACGGCCUCCGCUUUUCCAGGAUCUUCGUGGACGCCGGGGAGACGGUCAACGACGCACGAUCGCUGAUGAACCUGCACAACAACGAGGUUGGAAGACAGGUGGUGCAAGACAACAUGGCGAUCGAUUGCAAAUGUCACGGCGUCUCGGGAUCGUGCACGACCAGGACGUGCUGGACGACGCUGCCCCCGUUCCGUCAGGUCGGCAACAUCCUCAAGGACAAGUACGAGAGGUCGGUCCAGGUAGAGCCGGUCCGGGCGCGGCGGACCCGCCGGCCGGCCUUCCUCAAGAUCAAGGACGCCAAGAACUUCAAGAAGCCCCGCCGCACGGACAUGGUGUACCUCCAGCGCUCGCCCAACUACUGCGACCGCGACCCCCGGGUGGGCUCACUGGGCACGGUGGGCCGGCAGUGCAACCGAACCUCGCUGGGCACGGACAGCUGCGACCUGAUGUGCUGUGGCCGGGGAUACAACACCCACCAGUACACCCGGAUCUGGCAGUGCAACUGUAAGUUCCACUGGUGCUGUUACGUCAGGUGCAACCAGUGCAGCGAGCAGACGGAAGAGUACACAUGUAAAUAGGACCCUCUUUUCAAAAUAGUGAAGAUAGGGAACUGAAGAGAACUUGAAAGCGUCGCCCUGAUGUAGCUGGCAUUACCUAAGGAAAACCCAGGAUUGCUGAAGAAAAGACAGCGGUAGCAUCUUAUACUUAAGGCUCCUCCGUGAACGGUAGGCUACGUAGACAUCGCACGAUGACGCAGACAGCGCGGGAGACUACAUCGUAGUUGUCUGACCUUACACCGGAUAAGUGGAUUGGAUCUUCCCAAAAUAAAUGAAAGAGAAGACACACCACACUUACGCGAAUAGGUAUACAUUAUGAUAUAUACUUUGUAAAAAAUCCACUGACAGUGUAAUUGAGUACUUAGUACUCGCAAUCUUCGAAGUGACCCAACUUGCCGCGUGUGGUGGAAGAGACUCGGCGCAAAGGCAAUGCUGAUUGACAUUUUGUACUUGGGUGCUAUUAUGUGGGACGUGAGCCCAAGCUUUACAAAAUGGAGCGAGACCGUGAGAAAUGGAAAGGAAUCAAUGUUUGAUUCUGUUAUGAAGAACAUGACAUGUAUCAGUCUUGUAGUCAGGACCAUCACAAGACCAGACACAGGACAAGACACAAGACAAGUCACGAGUAACAGCUAGGCCAAGGCCUUGUACAUGUAUUUCAUUUAAAUAGCUAGUGGCUUGAAUUCAGACGGGAAGUCUUGUGCUGUUUUUUGUGGUCUUAUGAAUGUCUUUAACUUAAGUGGUCUCGACUACAACUCUGACGUGUAUUUUAUUUAUAAAUCAUAAUUGUACAACUUUAAUACGUCAACAUUUCCUUUUUCCCCACAGCUACAUCAUGUUGGCAAGGGCUUUUUAGUACAACUUUGAGUUAUAAAUAUUAUGAAUUUAUGUUUUAAAAUGUCUGUGUAUAAAUCUGACAGAAGGCCUAAACAAUGCGAGUGCCCGUGUACAUAAAGCUAAGAGUUUAACAUAAUUGGAGAUGCUUAUUUAUUUAUCUUUAGAAAGGCGCUGCGUAGUUAAAUAUUAAUGCAGAAAAUUCAGGCUGCUCUCAGCCACGUUUGCACAACGACUGCAAACGCGUGUUUACAACUUGCCGUGUAUUCUCCAACAACGUGUUGAAACUACAAUCGCAAACAAUGGAUUUGAAUGAUCGGCUGAAAUAAUGUUUGCCUUUAUCAGGAACUUAAAAGGGUGUCAGAUCAGAUGAGAGAUGUCUUUAGGUGUGCACAAGAUAAGAGUUGGAGUGUUGAGAUAAUAAUUUGGGCGGGAAUGACUGAUAAGGAGGAGGGCGUUUACCCGGCCAGACGCGCUUUGUGCGCCCACGAGUGUGUUUACAGAUCGUGGUGGGGAUGAGGCCUGUGGUCGUCUCUCUUCAAGACUAGACGGGUUCUCUCUUCUAGACUAGACGGGUCUAUUGGACCAAAGAGAAAUAUUCUCCUUGUUCUAUGACUGAACACACAAAGGGCAGAUUACAUCCAAUUUCCUGAACAGCAAUCAAUGAGUUGCAUAGCUAUAUCAGAAUCAAAAGAGCUUCUGGGAUGUUCACUGAUUUCGGUUCGUUGCAGACUCGGAGCCAUUCUGUAGAGAGGAUGUAAUAUCGUGUAGCGAUGCUAUGUAUAUAAAUACAUGUAUUACAUAUGCGACUGUUUUCCUUCAAAGAAACACUUAACUGGGGUUUCGUUGAUGUUUCUCAACAGAUCGCAAUGGUAAUUGCCAUAGAUCCUUUUGCGCUCUGUCACAUCUUCCAGAAUCCCUUGCAGUCCGCCAUCUUUAACAUCCGGCUGUGUGCUUUAACUACAUGUUGUAGCUACGGAAGAUGUUUGUGAGAAAUGAAUGAUAUCGGUGGAAACGGUCGAUCAGUUACCCUUGUUAAUUACCGUGAGUGUAAUUUGAUUGAUACUUAAACGGCAAUUCAUUGGAUGUGGAAAACGGGCCCGAAAUGUACCAGAGAGAUUCAGUAAACGGUAUACUGAUAUCGUUCAUUUCAUUCACACAUAUCAGUUUGUCCAAAAUGGUGGAACCUGUGAGCCAACUGUGUUAUUCCCUCCUUUUAUAGCGUAUGCCGUUGAAAAAAAAAAGGAAAAAAAGAAAAAAAAGGAAAAAGAAAGAAAAAAAAAGACCGACUUCCAUUCUGAAAAGUACAGCGGUGCGACCGUGCAAUACUUUGUGUGGUUGUACCAAAUCGUGUAGCCGGCGGUGUUCCAUUGUGACGACACGUCCGUUGUAGCUACCAGAGAAAUAUCGCUGGUAAAGUUUAAAAGCCACGGUGUCCAUUUACCAAUUAUGAACGUAAGUCAAUACAAGGAGAGGGUUUGGAGGGCAACGGAGUUCUGAGGUUUGAAAAGAUUCAAGGGGGUACAGAUUAUAGCACAAACAGCGAGGUUUUGUUAAAUGUAUCAAAAAAUUCGAUAGGUUUCGCAAGAAGGCAAAAAUCGUGCCUGCCACAGAAGUCUGUAACCACGUUUGCAAAAAAAAAGAAGACAUUUGCGCGUUCUAGGCUACCUUUGACAAAAGUGAAAGAAUGUUCACCUUUUCACACGUUCAAAUGGCGCACGCAUGAAGGUUUAAGAAAAAAAGGUAGCAACUUCCUAAAAACUAUCCACACAACUCUAUAUAUUUGUAGACAAUUAGGAAACUUUAAAACUGGCUGCCGAUCCCACAAAAUCAGACUUCAUAUAGGCCCUAUUCUUUUUUUCCUUUUUUUUAAUAUCUUAUCCGAUUUGAUAGUGAAUACAGACAUCAUGCAGGGGAAAACGUGGAAGUUCUUCUGAUUUCUACAUGGUUCACGAUUUGUUCAAAUGUCUGCUGUACUCAAAAGUACCUGCGGGGGUUUGUGACUCAUUUGGUUGGGUACGACAUGCGAGACACAAGGCACGAUAGCCGUUUCGACAUAAUACGUGAUACACGGUAUCAAAGGUGUGCUCCACGCACUGUUAGAUCUAUAGGUAGUUUUCAAUGCUGCCACUAGCUGAUUUACCUAUAGUCCAUAUUAAGUUUCUGGUUUUAGUGGGACAAAUAAAACAGCCGUUGUCGGACGUCCCGUGUUUACAGAAAGCGAUAGACUUCCACUUUCGUUUUCAAGUAUGGCAACAAAAGCGACCGACAAUAAUCCCAUUAUGAAGGGCAAAGACCAUCACCACUCAUAUUCUUUGAGGGGAUUAUUGAUUCACAAGCUGAAGUACUAUAUUGUAGUUGCAAAAUGAAUUCAUAUUUUGUAACGCCACUAGUGAAGUGUAACCAAUUGUGAAUCGUGAAUUUCAAAAGCGCUGCUUGUAAAUAAAUGUAAACAUGUAUAAACAAUAUUUUUGAAACCA